CCUCACCAAAGUUGAUUUCCGAACAGCGGAACAAAUGCAGAAACUAAAAUCGAAACAGCAAAUACGCGCCGAGUCAUGUGGAUAUCCGCCACCUCGACCAAUGACGAUCGCCGAUCUCGCCAAGUUGUCCGUCCGAUCACGUCGUGGCGACGAUGCGAGCAACCCUCUUUGGAAGUUUGACUACGAUAAGCACCGUGAGCGAGUGAUGGGGGUGAAACCGAUGGUGGACAGCCAUGCUCCCAUCGUCUGCAAAAAUAUGUACAGCUCUCCAGCAAAGUUCAACCGUUCCAUCACCUCCUUUGUGCGUAUCGAGAGAGAAAAUGCCAUCAUGUUGCAGAGAAUCGCCACAAUUAUGAAGAGUCCUCCCACGAUUGACAAUCGGCUAAGUUUCAAACAACACAGUAUCAACAUUCGAAGCAAAGCGAGAGAAAUGACCCUCCUGAGGAUUGCUUUUGAUAAUUUGGAAAUGUGGAAACGGAUCCAGACUGUGCGACCAGCAUACGAUCGGAAACAACAAUUGAAAGAUUUCGCAUAUGCGGAGAAGGUCAUGGGCCUCCUCUCGUACUAUCCUCUCUACUGGAAACUAUCGCCCAACAACGCCUUCGAAGGGUUGCGGGAACAGGCCAUGACCAACGCCAGGCUAAACCCUCGACCAAAAGUAUUUCUCAGUUUGGAGACUGAUGAGGAACCUCUGGGAAAACUUGUGAUCGAAUUGAGAGCCGAUGUCGUCCCAAUGACCGCAGAAAAUUUCCGCUGUCUUUGCACCGGGGAGAUGGGAAUUAGCUACAAAUGUUCAACAAUUCAUCGUAUAAUCCCGGAUGUGCUGCUGCAAGGGGGAGACGUCGUGGGGAAGGAUGGUCGUGGAGGGAAAAGCAUUUAUGGAGACACUUUUCCCGAUGAGAACUUUAAGCUGAAGCACAAAGAACCUGGUGUAGUUUCAAUGGCAAAUUAUGGAAAAGAUACUAACGGAUCACAGUUUAUCAUCGCUACAACCCGCAUCGGAGCUUUAGACGGGGUGAAUGUCGUCGUGGGGAAAGUCGUGGAAGGGUUGGAGCUUCUCGUCUCGCUUAACAAAUUGGUAACUCCGUCUGGCUCGAUUCGUAAGAAAAUCUGGAUUUCUAGCUGUGGUUCUGCCGACGGCGGUGAGCUCGAAGGGGACGAAGAUGAAAACGAAGGCUACCCCACAGAAUCCGAAGGUGAAGAAGAAACCUAUCGUCCCCCGUCAACCCGACAGUACGAGGCUGGACCGGAUACGACGGAUGCGGAGGAAAAUGAAGGCUAAAUUAAAUCCCAAAUUGUUCAUCAUUAUCAGAGAAAUAGAACCCCGACAAAUUUAGAAACGCAAAAAAAUCCCACCAUUCAUUACAUUAAUAUUAUUAUUAAACUGAUCCUGUGACUAUUUAGCCAUUAAUUAAUUAAUUAAUCUCGAGAUAGAUCCAAAACAAUAGAAUUGAUUAACUCAAAACUGUAUAUACGCAAUUGUUUAGUGCACAAUUGAUUAUAAAAUAUCUAAUUCAA